AUGUCCAAACUAUCGCGACUCCAUGAGGUCCUAAUAGUGAAAAGGACUCAUCGAGAUGGCGUCAAUUGCCCCGUUGCUAUGCUUGACAAUGACUCUAUCCGACCAACGCCAGUAAAGGAUCGAACAUGGUCCCAACUCACUUACAUCAUGUUCUGGUUCUCUGCGACUGCGAACGUCAGCAAUCUGUACACAGCAUCCACGGGAAUGGCCAUGGGACUGACUAUGUGGGAAGCAAUUGGAUGCUCCUUCGGUGGUCAGAUCCUUGCCGGUGCUUUGAUGGCUGUUAACGGGCGUGCCGGUGCCAUGUAUCGCAUUCCAUUCCCCGUUCUUUGUCGCUCCAGCUUUGGGCAUUGGGGAGCACUGUGGCCGACUUUUAAUCGUGCGGCCAUGUCGGUUGUUUGGAACGGUGUCAAUACUGUUCAGGGAGGGCAAUGUUUGCUUAUCAAUUGCGCAUUCUUAGUAGUGCCUGUACCGAAGAUGAAGUCGCUGGUCUAUGUCAAAGUCGUGAUCUACUUUGGUGCAGCCUUUUCUAUGUUGGGAUGGACUGUGUCUCUCGCUGGCGGCUCUUUGAAGUCAAUCAAUGCGCCCUCAGAGGUAAAGGGCACCGAGAAAAGUUAUCUCAUUUUCAAAUUCCUGUUCUUGGGACUCGCAAGUUGCGGAACUUUUAUCUCUAAUGCGUCCGACCUCCAGCGAUAUGCUACGAAACCUAAUGACGUCCUCAUUGGCCAGUCUGUCAGUUUCCCACUGUCGAACUUCCUAGUUGCCAUUCUGGGUAAUCUCAUCGCAUCUGCUAGCAAAGCCAUCUUUGGAGAGCUCAUCUGGAACCCGCUGAACUUCUUGGACAAAUUGAUGGAAGGAGAGCGAUACACGCCUGGCAACCGCACAGCCUGUGCCUUCAUUGCUCUGGCAUUCGUUUAUUCGACUGUCUUUUCUGCCAUUUUUGAGAACUCUAUCCCUGCGGGUAACGAUAUUGCAGCCCUACUACCAAAAUACAUUUCAAUCAAACGAGGAUUCUUCAUCUGUGCUGUCCUCUCUUACGCAAUCUGCCCCUGGUAUCUCCUCGCAUCGGCCUCGAUCUUCAUCACAUUCCUCUCCUCUUACCAAAUCUUCCUAUCAGCGAUCACCGGCAUUCUCAUCUGCGACUACUACCUAAUUCACCGAGGGCUGCUCAAUAUUCCAGCCCUGUACGUCUCCCAUCCAAGUCCGUACCGAUACUUCCACGGAUUUAACCCGCGAGCAUUCUUGGCUUACAUUCUUGCCGUCGCGCCGAACUUUUACGGGUUCCUUUUCCAGAUGGGUGUCAAGGCGCCUCUAGGUAUCCAGCGAUUCUACUAUAUCGCUUACCCUACCGGCCUGAUAAUCGGAUUUGUCGUUUAUUACUUGUCAUGUUUGGCUUCCGCCCCGCCCGACAUGAAGCAGGCUUCUGGAUGGAUGGAGCCCAAGGACUUUGUGGAAGAUAAUGAUGUUUCUGGGAUUUGUGAGCUUUCUAUUGAUGCGGUUGAGCCCGGUUUCGUGGAGAAGGGGGCUGUUGCCGUUACUAGAGCAGCUCAUGGCGAAAAGGGUUCGUUUUAA